AUGGCACAAGAUGUGACAAUGGAGGACCUGGAUUCCUUUAAGGAAGUCUCUAAGAAAACCAAAGACAAGAAGAAAAAGAAACCUGCUCGGGAGUCGGAGGGGAAGGCGGCCAAAGAGAAUAAAAAAGAGAGAGAGGAAAAGAAGCAAAAGACGAAGGAUGGAAGUGGUGAAACGAAGGGCGACAAGGAGAGCAAAGAAGACAUGAAGAAGAAAGGCAAGGGCAAGAACGAGACAAAGAAGCAAUCUGAAUCCCAAAAAGAAGUUGACCUCCCCAGUUCCAUUACUGUGAAAGCGGAGCCUGAAGAUGAAGACUUUGUGUCUGUAAAGAAGAAGGAUAAUCAAGGGAAAAAGAGGGCACGGCAGGAAGAGGCUACUGAAGACCCCGCUAUCAAGUCGAAGAAGAAAAAAAUAAAGAUUGAGAAAGAUAAAGAGCAGCCGGCAAAGGAGAAAAGCAAACAAGACGGGCAGAAAAAGAUAAAGAAAGAAGUGAAGGGGGAAGACGAGAAGAAGGCGAAGAGAAGCAAAGAAGAGAAGGAGGCCGCCAUGGCUCUGAAGGUGAAGAAAAAGGAAGAGGAGGAGCAGGCACGCUGGAGAUGGUGGGAGGAAGAGAAGUAUGAAGACGGUAUCAAAUGGAAAUUUCUGGAACAUAAGGGCCCCGUGUUCGCUCCACUGUAUGAGCCGCUGCCAAAAGAUGUGACGUUUUACUAUGACGGAAAGCCAUUCCAGCUCGGCGUUAAGGCGGAGGAAGUGGCCAAGUUCUUUGCUGCCAUGUUGGACCAUGACUACACCACCGUAGAAAUCUUCCGGAAUAACUUCUUUUUGGAUUGGCGAAAGGAAAUGACCCUGGAGGAGCGAAUGGUGAUCACCGAUCUGGCGAAGUGCGACUUUACCGAAAUAUUUGGUUAUCACAAAAGGAUAACAGAUGAAAGAAAAAAUCGCACCAAGGAAGAAAAACUGAAACUGAAGGAAGAAAACUCCAAGCUCGUGGAGGAAUUUGGCUUCUGUAUCAUGGAUCACCACAGGGAAAGGAUCGGAAACUUUAAAAUUGAGCCCCCAAGUUUGUUCCGCGGGAGAGGUGACCACCCUAAGCAGGGUAUGCUGAAGAAGCGCAUUUUACCUGAAGAUGUGAUCAUCAACUGCAGCAAAGAUUCAAAAAUUCCUGUGCCCCCUAGUGGCCAUAAGUGGAAAGAAGUUCGUCAUGACAAUACGGUCACCUGGUUAGCUUCGUGGACUGAAAACGUGCAGGGAUCGGUAAAAUAUGUGAUGCUGAAUGCAAAUUCCAAAUUAAAGGGUGAAAAAGAUUGGGAAAAAUAUGAAGUGGCCAGAAAGCUGAAGAACCAUGCCGACAAAAUUAGAAGAACGUAUCGGGAGGACUUCAAAUCCAAAGAGAUGCGCAUACGACAGAGAGCUGUAGCGCUAUACUUUAUUGACAAGCUGGCAUUGAGAGCAGGUAACGAAAAGGAAGAAGGGGAGACGGCCGACACCGUAGGUUGCUGCUCGUUGAGAGUCGAGCAUAUUAAACUUUACCCAGAACUUGAUGGAGAGAAGCACGUGGUCGAGUUCGACUUUCUGGGUAAAGACUCCAUCCGGUAUUACAACAAGGUCCCGGUAGAGAAGAAGGUGUUUAAAAACGUGCAGCUGUUCAUGGAGAAUAAGCAGGAAGGAGACGAUCUAUUUGACAGACUGAAUACGCCAAUGCUGAACAAACACUUGCAGUCCCUGAUGGAAGGACUGACAGCCAAGGUUUUCAGGACGUACAACGCCUCGGUCACGCUGCAACAGCAGCUGCAGGAGCUGACGGACGGGGAGGACACCGGCCCGGGAAAGAUCCUGUCCUACAACAGAGCCAACAGAGCGGUUGCUAUACUUUGCAACCAUCAGCGGGCAGCACCGAAAACAUUUGAUCAAUCCAUGGCAAAUCUGAGAUCCAAGAUUGAAGCCAAAAAAGAACAGAUUGCAUUGGGGAAGAAGGAGCUGAAGGAAGCCAAGAAAGAAGCUAAAGACAACGACACCGAGAAGCUCCGGAAAGUUGUGGAAAGCAAGAAGAAAGCGGUCAUGAGGGCGGAGGAGCAGCUGAUGAGAUUGGAGGUGCAGGCGACGGACAAAGAGGAGAACAAACAGAUCGCCUUGAGCACCUCCAAGCUAAACUAUCUGGACCCCAGGAUUUCGGUGGCUUGGUGUAAGAAGUGGGACGUCGGCCUGGAGAAGAUCUACAAUAAGACCUACCGGGACAAGUUUGCUUGGGCCGUUCAUAUGACUGAGAAGGACUUCAACUUCUGA